AUGCAAGACUCGAAGAGCGACUGGGAAACGGAAAGCUUGGAAAUGUCCAAAAUCUACACGUAUGCUGCCCUAAACAUAUCCGCGACAGGCGCUCCCAACAACACGUCGGGUUUCCUCAACAUGCUAGAGAAGCCGUUGCCCAUGCUGCCUCGAGCGGAGCCCGCACUUCUCCCUGGAGAAACCUGCUUUUUGGUAGACCCCUUCUUCUGGUGGGCCGAAGUCACCAGGGCGCCUUUGAUGAUGCGCGGCUGGGUAUUUCAAGAGCGCUUCUUAGCACCCAGGGUACUCCAUUUCGGGAAGACCCAGAUGUUAUGGGAAUGUGCGACUAUGGAUGCUUGUGAGCUAUAUCCACGAGGAGUCCUCGACUGUACAAAAUCAGAUGGCCACACUGACUUCAAGAACCUUGAUUUCAUGAUGCCUGCGGAUCUAAAAGGCAAUAUCGAGGGUCGCUCAGUAGAUUUGCGGCACACCAAUUUGACCGCAUCGCCAUCUGAUAUGGAGCUUUUACACUUCUGGUGUGAUGUCAUACAAGCCUACACACGAACUCGUCUUACUGAGCCCAAAGACAAGCUCAUCGCUCUAGCUGGAGUAGCGCAAACGACGGCAGAGUUGUAUAAAGGGCUGAAACCUAAUUCUUCGCGUUACGUGGCCGGUACAUUUAUGCAUCACUUCCUAGUCAUGCUUGAAUGGCACUCGUGCAGCCCACAACAUGCUUAUACUGUUACAACCGCGACCAGGCCCUCGCAGUACCGUGCUCCCAGCUGGUCGUGGGCAAGUGUCGAAGGUCGAGUGUUUUUCGAAUAUCUUCCGCGGGUGUUCUCCCAGUGGGAUAAUCUUCGCUGGCAUCCAAGCUGGGGAUACUCUAUUGCCGACUGGAACAAGAAAUGCCUUCCAGACGAGCGACAACUGCGCACGCCCCACAGGCAGUUGGGGUGGAAAAGAUUAGUCUCCAGUGUGACAGCCGAGAUGGUUCCCAUAGCGGGAUCAGAUUUUGGUCAAUUAUCCGACGGAAAUAUACGCCUCACAGGUCUCGUUGUUCCAGUUGAGCUUGCCGCCAAGCCGCGGCUCCCGAUGUUCACGUACCAGGACCCGCCUGCCAAUGAUAGCAAUACGUGGAAAGGAACCCAUUACCUUCCCCUCCGCUGCAGCAAACUAGCUGACGAUCUGGAGAAGACGUUCUUUUGGGUCACAGGCCUGAUUAUUGAGGCCAUAAACCCUAUCGACUCUAUCUAUCGGCGAAGUGGACUGUUUUGUGCUCCAUCUUCUCGGGCGAUUCGGGCUUUGGGUAUUAGUCUUAACAAGGACCUCCACAAGGUCCAUUAUUCGGGGAGCAGGCAAGUGGAAUCACUCCAAAUCAUAUGA